AGUUCCUUGGUGCUCAAAUUGACAUUGCGAUUUUGUAAUCAACUGUCAAAGUUUAUUUAAUUAUUUAUUCGUUUUAUCUAGCAGAUUACGUAUGCAGUCGGCUUAUUGAACUUUGUUGAUUUUUAUUAUUAUAAGUACAACAAGCAGACAGCAACCAGCACUAUGGUCAAUUUUAGGGUGUUUGCGAGAAGUAUGUCGUCGAUUAUAAGGAGUUUCGAAGCCCAGUCCGUGGUACCCGAUGUCGUGUCCAAGGCGCCCUCCGCUGUGCUUAGUGUGAAAUACCCCAGUGGUGUAGAAGUAAAUGAAGGCAAUGUGCUGACUCCCACGGAGGUGAAGGACAUCCCCGACGUGAAAUGGAAUGCCUCCGCAGAUGAGUUUUACACUCUUGCGAUGACAGACCCCGACGCGCCUUCCCGCAAAGACCCGAAGUUCCGUGAAUGGCACCACUGGCUGGUCGGCAAUAUUCCCGGGAACAACAUCUGUGCGGGCGAGACCUUGUCCCAGUACGUCGGCUCCGGCCCUCCUCCCGGCACUGGUCUCCACAGAUACGUGUUCCUGGUCUACCAGCAGCCCGCCAAACUGGAGUUCGAUGAGCCCAGGCUAACUAACAGGUCUGGUGACAACCGUGGAAUGUUCUCGAUUUCUAAGUUCGCCAAGAAGUACAAACUGGGCGACCCCAUCGCGGGCAACUUCUACCAAGCAGAGUACGAUGACUACGUGCCUAUCCUGUACCAACAACUCGGCGCUUAAACGAAACACAAAGAUUUUAGUACCACCUGUCUGUAUCACUGAGGAGAUAAUAAAUGGAGUAAAUAAACGAUUUUUUUAAGACUACCUUUUGUUUGAAGUUUUACUUAAGUAAGUAGCUUGAGUAGCAAAGAGCAGCAACCGUGUUGUAGUAACUCAAACAACUAUCAUUAACUUUUGCGUGAUUCGGUAUUAGUUAUUCCAUUUAUUCACUUCUCGUUGUAAGCCUAUAUCCAACAUGGAACGCUUGUGGCCAAUGUUACGCUAAGACAAUACAAUUGUAUGAAUAAUUUGCCUUCCAAUGGUGUAGGAAUUUUAUAAAUAUAAGCAGCUGUCGCUGUAUGGAUAAAUGUUAAAAGAUAAAAGCGCGUGCAAUUUUAUUUGUGUAAUUUAUCGAUAAUUGUAAUAACACCCGCCGCCGCCGUGCGCUUGACUCCGUCGGAAAAAAAUAUGCUUUGUCACAUAUAAUCUUUGUUUAUAUCACAAAGUGCAGUUUAUAUGUUAUCUUUACCUUUGUUUAUGUCCCCUUUGCAUUAUAUAAAGAUAUCGGAUACAACUAGUGCAUUUAAUGAGUAUAAUAAGAGAAGUUUUGUAAGUGGAUGAUUCGAAAUUGUCUUGUACUUUAUGAUAUAGUGGUAUGCACUGUAA